AUAGAGCAUCCUUCAAAUCUUUUGUUACAUGCAAAUGGCUCCCAUAAUGAACUCAAACACUUCAACACUUGUACUCUACCCUGCAUCACAAACAGAGGAACCAAAAGAAGAAAACAUGGUUUCAAUUUUUGACUCAAAUUUGCUUAAAAAACAAUUGAACAUACCAAAAGAGUUCAUUUGGCCAUCUAUGGACUUAGUUAACACCACUCAAGAAGAGCUAAAAGAACCUCUCAUAGACUUAAGUAUAAUGAAAAGUGGUGAUGAAGAAGCUAUUUCAAGUGCUGCUGAGCUUGUGAGAAAAGCAUGUUUCAAACAUGGUUUUUUUCAAGUGAUUAAUCAUGGUGUGGACCAAGAUCUUAUUCAUGAUGCUUAUUGUGAAAUGGAUUCCAUUUUCAAACUACCAAUCAAUAAGAAGCUAAGUGCUAAGAGGGAACAUGGUCGAGUUUCAGGUUAUUCAGGUGCUCAUGCAGAUAGAUAUUCGACCAAGUUACCAUGGAAAGAGACAUUUUCUUUUUUAUACAAUCAUCAAAACAAUUCCAAUUCCCAGAUUGUUAAUUACUUCCAAUCUAUCUUAGGAGAAGAUUUUCAACACACAGGAUUGGUGUAUGAAAAGUACUGUAAAGCAAUGAAGGAAUUAUCUCUAGUAAUUAUGGAGCUAUUGGCCAUUAGUUUGGGAGUGGAUCGUUUGUAUUAUAGAAGAUAUUUUGAAGAUGGUGAGUCAAUAAUGAGGUGCAACUAUUAUCCACCAUGUAAAAAUUCAAGUGUCACACUUGGUACUGGACCUCACUCAGACCCAACAUCACUAACUAUUCUUCAUCAAGACCAAGUUGGAGGUCUAGAAGUUUUUGCUGAUAACAAAUGGGUGGCUGUUCGCCCUAGACAUGAAGCCUUAGUCAUAAAUAUAGGUGACACUUUCAUGGCAUUAUCAAAUGGGAGAUUCAAGAGUUGUUUGCACAGAGCAUUGGUGAACAAAUACAGAGAAAGAAGGUCAUUGGUAUUCUUUGUGUGUCCAAGAGAAGACAAAGUGGUGAAACCUCAUGAAAAUUUGUUAAGAAAAAAUGAGGAAAGAAAGUACCCUGAUUUCACAUGGUCUACUUUGCUUGAAUUCACACAGAAUCAUUACAGGGCUGAUGUUGCUACCCUCCAAAACUUCUUUCAUUCACAUCAUUCAUCUCCCAAUUUAUCCAACAUAUAGUUACUUCAUCAUCUUCCUCAUUAUUAUUUUACUAUUUUUAAAUUAAAAUAAAGUUUAUCAUAAUUAAGGUCGUACAAAAUAGUUCAUGUAUUAUUGUGUUUAUACAUGAUUAAUGUCUCUGUUUGGAGUACCCUCUACGGUGUUAAUUUGGGCUCAAACUAUAAUUAAUGUGAUGUACAAAUGUUUGUCGUUUUAAUUCAGUUUUCUUUAAUAUCAAUAUAUAUA